UCCUCUUCUCGUACUACUUAUACAUAUUCCCCAGAGCUCCCGGACGACUGAACACGAGAAUUACGUCUGAUGGCUGCAGAGAGGACGAGCCAGGAUCUGAGUGGUCCGGAGCUGGUGGCGAUAGAGUGUCCGGUCCGAUUGAAGGCCGAACAGAACGGCGGCGACGGCCAACGGGGACGAACCGGGCCGGGAUCAUCAUUGUACGAUGGCUUGAUCGCCCGGCUGGGUGGGCCGAGUCAGUUGUCCGAUCAGCUCGCCGGAAGGGAUCCUAAUCGGCCCGUCGAACUCACCCUCAUCAAGUGCUCGGCCAAUGACUUCGUCCGGCCCGUCCCCGGCGAAUGGGUCCAAACUUCCAACAUCCUCAUCAAAGUCAUCAAACGUACCCGGAAGCUCAAAAAACAUCCUGCCGGAACGAACGAUACCAGUCCUACUCCCAUCGGUGAUGCUAUCCAGCCCAUCACCCGUCUCUACAAGAUCGAACCGGUCGGGGUGAUUCCUACAACAGUCAGGUUCCGAGCUUUGGCAGAUUACCAGUACACGCCUGAGCUUAAACAUCCCAUCAACGUCUUGGCUCGGGACAUGAGGUCUUUGAAUUUCGAGGGGAUUCUGAAGUUUGGAUUCGAGGCCGAAACUGAGGAUUAUUCGAGCUCCAAAAUCGGAUUAUUCCCGCCUCCGUUAUUCAGCCGAUACCUCGUCCCUCAGCUGUAUCACUAUCGACAGAACAUUCCUACAGUGGUCACGCAGACUUCAGACGGCUCACAGCGGUUGAUUAAUCGGACGAGAUAUGUGCCUAUGGGUCCACAGACGAUCACCUAUGACCAACCUGAUGUCCCGCAAAGUGCCUUAGCAAGGGACCUGGAACAAAAGAAACCAGAGAACCAAGCUCUGUUUCAGAAACUUGCGUCGUUGUUUGAACAACGACCGAUAUGGUCUCGGAUGGCUUUUCAACAUCAUCUUACACCCGUUGAUUUACGUUAUAUUCGUCAGAAUAAGGUCAUCCUCGCCCAUUAUUGUUAUUUGUUUUCUGACGGACCAUUUCGAGAGCUUUUGAUCAGGUUUGGAUAUGAUCCGCGACUGAUUCCUGAGGCUAGAUUCUUCCAGCGAAUGUCUUUGAGGAAUGUUGAUCGUAAAGAAGCAAAGGAUAAGCUUACUCUCAAGUUGAUGAAGAAGCCCAUUACCAGAUCGGACACUGCGGAGAAUGCAACUUCGGAUGCUCUACGUGACCACAUUUUCGACGGAUUAGAAUUACAUCAAAGUGUGGGAACUUAUCAGCUAUGCGACAUAACCGACCCAUUAUUGGUCUCAUUAAUCAACUCGACCAAGGGAGUCUUACCGAAAUGUGAUGUACGAACAGGCUGGUUCACAUCGAAUGCGAUCGAACAGAUCCGGUCGAUCCUUCGCCGGAAAUUUCACGCCUUAUUAGACGAACAACGAGUCGUCAAAGAUGUCGAAUGUGUCGAUUUGUUGGACAUUGAUAUCAGUCAAGACGCUGUUGAUCUGUUGAAGAAGUCUGGCUCCGCUCAUAGUAAAAAAUCUAAAGAAUCUCGUCAACAGAACAAGGACUCUCAAGUGGAUCCAGAGUCGGUUGAUCCAGAUCCCGAGUCGACCGACGCCCAAUCCCCCUCUUCCCGGCGCCGGAAACCGGCCAAUUCGAAGCCGCGUCAUCCCAAUCCACUGCUGAAGCUCCGCCGUGAACGGCAAAGGGUGAGGGCCAAAGCGGUGGGUAAACGAGUUGCGUUUACCGAACCUAGCGGCCGUGGGGGCCGGAAUCCCGAUCCUAGCGGCUCUCGGGGACCGAAAGCUCGAGCCGGCGCCUCAACGAGCAAUCGGAUGGAGAUCGACGACCAGCCGACGGAAGAGAAGCGGUCGGAGGGCGAGGGUGGACUCGAAGGUGACGAUGAGGAAGGACAGGCGGCAGAGGAGGAAGAUUUCUUCAAAGAAGAUGUCGAUGAUGAUGAUGAUGAAGAGGAAGAGGAGGAGGAGAGCUCGGAAGAUGGCGAAGACCAGGAUGAUGAGGACGAAGAUCCCUUCCAACAAGAUCGAAGCUCAAGUCUCUCUGAUCUGAGCAGCUGAUGAUUCGUCGUGCAAUCUUCAGUUGUUGUUUUCUCAACAUGCUACCCUUUUUUUCUUCUUCAUUCUUGUGUUGUCUAUAAUCAUUCAUUGGAAAUCAUUCAACCUAAUUCAUCGCAAAUUUUUCCCGACCCCAUAUUCGUUGGUCGUCUCGCUGUCUAAUCGUGUCUUUUACUUUCCAUCUUUAGUCAUCUUAUCCUAUCAACUACUUGAUUACAAACCCUGAAGUGUCAGUUUCCCUCCAAAAAUCGGGCAGCAGUUCUCCCUGGGCCCUGAGGCUAUCCGGCCAAGUGGGCGGGCCUCAGCUCAGGCCCAACAUUGUUCAUGAGUCCAUGAGC